CAUGACUAAAACAUAGCUUGACGGUCCUGAAUGCUAACCGAGUAGACUUGUGUGGACUUGUUAUUAUUAGUAUUUUUUUUAAAACAUCUUUUUAAUCUAUCUAAAAAUCUCAGAAAAAGGUGUUUAUCAUCAGCGGAGAUAAGAUAAUUUGUGGCUAAUGCUAUCUGCCCAAGUUAUUGGCCAUCAAGAUUAGCUAGAAAAUCCUGCGGGCUAAGAUAAGACAAGUAUUAGAAUUAAAUAUGUACACCUGUAAUCAUUUAGGAUUCGUGAUAUAAGAUUAUGGAUUUAUAAAUUAUGUUUAUUUCUGGCAUGCAGCUCUUUUGUUGUCUCGUCUGUUCUGGAGCUAUUUGAGAACACGGUGGUAAAAUGCCUUUGACAGCUGCUAUCAUCAGUGGGAUCCAGAGGAUGGUUUUGUAUGAAACCAGAGCCAGAUAUUUUUUGGUAGGAAGCAAUCAGGCUCAGACCAAACACAGAGUCCUUAAGAUUGACCGCACAGAACCCAAGGACCUAGUGAUCAUAGAUGACAAGCAUGUAUAUAGUCUGCAAGAGGUGCGGGAGUUGCUGGGCCGUCUUGACCUGGGAAACCGUACAAAGAUAGGCCAAAAAGGUUCUUCAGGCCUGUCUAGGGCUGUCUCAGCUUUUGGCAUUGUGGGUUUUGUUCGUUUUCUUGAGGGAUUUUACAUUGUCCUGAUCACCAAGCGCAGAAAGAUGGCUGAUAUCGGUGGUCACUCCAUCUACAAAAUUGAAGACACCACCAUGAUCUACAUCCCCAAUGAUUCAGUCAGAGUUACGCACCCUGACGAAGCAAGAUAUGUGCGGAUCUUCCAGAAUGUGGACCUUUCCAGCAACUUCUACUUCAGCUACAGCUAUGACCUGAGCCACUCACUACAGUACAACCUGACAUUGCUGCAAAGACCUUAUGAACUGUGGUCGUCAUCACCUCCCUCUUCUGAGGAAGGGGUACACACACAAAGCAAGCAUGACAGCUUUGACAUCUUUGAAGACGAGGGUUUGCCUACACAAGUGGUUUAUGGCCUGCAGAACGAGCCGUACUACAAGUACGUGUGGAACGGGAAGCUCCUGGAGCGAGUCAAGGACAUAGUGCAUCCGGACUGGCUCAUGUAUAUAAUCCAUGGCUUUUGUGGCCAGUCGAAACUACUGAUCUACGGUCGACCAGUUCACAUCACCCUCAUUGCAAGACGUUCCAGCAAAUUUGCAGGGACCCGCUUCCUGAAAAGAGGUGCCAACUGUAAGGGGGACGUGGCUAAUGAGGUAGAGACUGAACAGAUUGUCCACGACGCCUCAGUUAUGUCUUUCACAGCGGGAAGCUAUUCCUCAUAUGUCCAGGUCCGAGGUUCAGUCCCGCUCUACUGGUCUCAGGACAUUUCCACCAUGAUGCCAAAACCCCCAAUAAGAUUGGACCAAGCAGACCCAUAUGCCCAUGUAGCUGCCCUCCAUUUUGACCAAAUGCUUCAGCGUUUUGGCUCACCUAUUAUCAUCCUGAACCUUGUUAAGAAACGUGAAAAAAGGAAACAUGAGAAAAUUUUGAGUGAAGAGCUCUACCCAGCUGUGAUCAACCUCAAUCAGUUCCUCCCUCCAGACCACUGCAUUGACUAUAUCGCCUGGGACAUGGCUCGCUACACCAAGAGCAAACUGUGCAAUGUUUUGGACCGUUUAAGCAUGAUAGCAGAGAAUGUUGUCAAGCGAACAGGUUUCUUCAUUAAUCGCUCCGACUUCUACUGUCACACCCUCCGACCAGAUGACAGGUGGGAAGAUGUUGGUGGAUACGUGACAUCCCGUGGACGUCUGCAAACUGGUGUGCUGCGGACCAACUGUGUGGAUUGUUUGGACCGAACCAAUACAGCCCAGUUUAUGGUGGGCAAGUGUGCGCUGGCUUAUCAACUCUAUGCUCUGGGAAUGAUUGACAAGCCCAAGCUGCAGUUUGACACAGACUGUGUGAGAUUGUUUGAAGAGCUGUAUGAGGACCAUGGAGACACUUUAUCUCUGCAGUAUGGCGGCUCUCAGCUUGUCCACAGAGUGAAGACCUACCGCAAGAUUGCACCCUGGACGCAGCACUCCAAGGACAUCAUGCAGACACUGUCACGGUACUACAGCAAUGCUUUCUCAGAUGCUGACAGACAAGACGCCAUCAACUUGUUCCUCCAAGUCUACCAGCCAUCAGAGUGUAAGCCACACCUGUGGGAGCUGCCCACAGAUUUCUAUCUGCAUCAGAAGAGCACCAUGGCCCUCCCCCAUGACAGACGCAGCUACACACUGUGGUGGACAGAGGGAAUCCUAGCCUACCUACCUGUUCCUUAUGAUGAAGUUGCAUGUGAGGACACAAUGAAGAAGGUCAAAGUGAAGAGGGUGAACCGCUUCGAUGAAAGCAUUGACAUCUACACAGAAUUCUUCAAACCUUACGAGCUCACAUCUUUUGAUGACACUUUCUGCAUUGCAAUGACCAACUCUGUAAGGGAAUUUAUGCCAAAGUCAGUGGGAGUGGAUCCUAGUCCAUUCACAGUUCGCAAGCCAGAGGAAACAGGAAAAUCAGUCCUGGGCAACAAGAGCAGCAAGGAGGAAGCGAUUCUCCAAAGGAAGACUGCAGCCAGUGCACCUCCUCCCCCUAGUGAGGAGGCCAUUUCUAGUACAUCAGAGGACGAUUCAGAGGAGGACCGGGACGAUGAUGGACCCGUGUCCCAGCGCUCCACCCCCAUCAAACUGUUGGCAGAUUCUGGGGAAAGCAGUCGCACACAGGAGGAGAUACAACUGACGCAAACAGUUAAGGAGCCAUACGGACUCAAUCUGGCUGAGUUCCCGGUUGAGGAAGACCUGCUUACUUAUAAAAGGUUUGCACAUCUUGGGGAGAAUCAGCACAGAGUGGAGAGAACUGAACGCAUAAACAUGGAAAACAUCAUUUGUUUAGAGCCCGUGUCCUGCUUCCCAGAGGACAGCAUCUACAGCGUUUCUCUUCCACAGGUGGACAGAGAGAGUCGAGAAGUGUUUGAGAGCCAUGUGCUGACAGGUCAGGGCCAAGUGAGGGCGCUGUGCAGAGAGGACAUGCUAAUAUACAGGGAGUAUGUCAAGAACAGAUACAUGUGAGACUCAAAUAACAGGAAGUGGAUCUCUGUUACCAAUAGGAGAGGCCUAGACCAUCAUCUACUGUUAAGUAUGACAUUCCAACUUAAAGACUCAGAAAUGUUUCAGUUUGAAGAGUUUUCUUGGUGGAACCAAAUGAAAGUAAGAAAGGUUUUUGUUGGAUUAAAAAAAAAAAAAAAUCUUUUUUGUUUUUUUUUUUCCUCCCUUCUAUUUAUUGAGAUACUUAAAAAAAGAAGUGACACUGGGAUUUAAAAAAAGAGAAAACUUGAGGUAGGUUUCUUUUCAAAUGAGAUUAUGUUUAAUAUAUUUCUAAUUAUUUUAGUUAUUAUAGUAUUUUUUUUAUUGGUGCAGUCAUGACUGAAAAGGCUACCUGUAUGGUGCUUUUUUAUUUGUUUUUUUUUUCACAUUGUUUAAUUUCAGUCAGUUUCAGUUUUUUUAAAGAUAUAUUACUUAUGUCAUUUUCAGUUAUGUGAAUUCAUGUAAACUGCUUUGAAUCUUAGAAGUUGGAAAUGGUACUUAUGGGCUGCCUCUCCAUCCUGUGUGUACAGUUACAUAAUGUUUCAUUUAACUUUGCAGGGAGCUUGAGAAAAGCAUGGGCUUUGAAUGAUUUUUAACAAAAAGCCCUCUUCAAAAAGUGCUGUUCACCAUCCAUGGCAAACAUUUUCCUUUUACUCUUUUUGCCUUUUGAUUUUUGUGACACUUCAGCCUGCGUUCUUGUUUUUUUUUUCUAUAUCUUUAAUUACUUGAAAACAGCAUUUCAUUUUUUGGGACGUAAAUAUGUCAACAUUUGAAUUUUAUGCUAUGACUUAUCAAGGUCAGUGUCUAUUGCCAUUUUUUAAAAAUGAUAAAAUUACUAUAAUCUACAAAGUUUAAUUUUAUUUGUAUGAAUAUUUAUGAGAUGUCAACUGAUUAUCGUGCAUAAUGCUAAAUUAAACCUUCAUUCAUUAA